AUGCCAGCGAAUGCUCACGCCGUCCUCCUCAUCCUCUGCGUCCUUCUCGUGCCCUUAGCAGAAGCCGCCUUCAUCAACUUCGAGAACUGCCUCGCUCCAAACAUCGUCAACUCGAGAAGACUUCAGUUUGUACCGCGUUUCUUCGAUGCAAGGUUCAACACAACUGCGCCUAGUCACGAUUUGAACGUCACAAUAUACGGCAAUGUGACUGGGCAGACGAUCGUUGGGGACUACCCUCCGCCAGAUGAUCCGAUAUGGAGCAACCCGAACGAGACAUUUGGGAAGAUCGUAGAUGUGAGUCCGACCAACCCGGACCCGCGUUUUACCACGCUUUUCGCGGACUUCAAGGUUCUUACCUAUACACCCUAUCGUGCGGAUCCCAGCCGCUUCUGUGAAUCAACCAUCAAUACGUCAUGUCCUAUCGGCCCUGUCUUUUACGGCAACGGCAGCGAUCCCUAUAGUCUGCCAGCGUUUACAGUUGCACACGAGUUCUAUUCUUCAUACGCCUUUGCUACGUUCCAGGCGACUAUUCGAGUGCAAUCCGGUGAUCAGGACGCUUCAGACAUAGCAUGUGUGUCAGCAAACAUCACACCGGAUUUGGGCAAGGCACUCUCUGACACACUUGCUUACCUACCGGCUGCUGUUCUUGCACUUGUCGCGAUUGCAACCAUUUCAGCCGCAAUUUUCAGCCCUUGGGGCUCAUCAGACCCGUUCCGAUGGACUAGCAACUAUGGACGAGACGAGGAUCUCCUGCGCUUAGUGACACCAGGGUUUGGUGAUUGUCUGCAGUAUAUCCAGUUCAUUGUUCUUGCGGGCAGCCUCAGCUUGAGCUAUCCAGGGUACUAUCAGCCUGUCAUUAGCCAGGCUGCGUGGUCGGUGCUCCUGUUUAAUGAGAGCUACGUCAGUCAAGGGAACGGAUCGCAAAGCCUCAUUGACGGGAUAUACUUCAUCAACGGAACCCGCGGCAUCUCUCGCCUUGGACAGUUGGCCGGAAUGUCAGCGGACGAGGACGUCUGGGCCUGCAUGGCUAUAUGGCUUAUGGCGAUCAUAGUAGCUGUGUCAGUUCUAUGUCAGGUUGGCUUCUUCCUUCGCUGGGGCUACCGAUACUUAUUGGAUACUCCAGAGGAAGACCUGAGGAGCAAGAAUUGGCCUUUCACCGCUGGUAUGGCUGUUCGGAUCGUCUUCAAUUACUUCCUACUUCCCAUCAUAGCCAUCUCGUUAUUUCAACUCGUUGUCGCGCCGCAUUCGAACGCCGCGGUGGUUGGUAUGGCCGUGGUGUUACUCCUACUUGUCGCAGGGUUUGCUACCUGGAUCUUUCGGCUCAUCUUUACGACAAGGCCACGUGCGCAUCUCUUCGACGACUUGCCUACAGUGCUCCUUUACGGACCUCUUUAUAACACGUACUCCGAUGUCGCUGCGCCGUUCGCUUUCAUCCCAGUCCUACUUACCGUUAUUCGUGGCGUUGCCAUUGGUGCUAUACAGCCUUCAGGCGUUGCACAACUUGUCAUUCUCGCAAUUUGUGAGGUAAUUUUCAUUCUGACGCUGCACGCCUUUAGGCCGUUCCAGGCACCCACUUCCAUGAAUGCGUAUCACACUUUCUUCUCAGUUAUCCGACUCGUCACGACCCUGCUUAGUAUUGCCUUCGUUCCCGCACUGGGCAUCUCCCAAUCGUCGAAGGGUUGGCUUGGCUAUGCUAUCCUGUUAUGCCACGCGAUAGUCCUGGUCUUCGGAUUUUUCCUAAAUGCUAUUCAGACGCUGAUCGAAGUAUGCGCUCGCGCAGCAGGUGCCGGCGGCGAUGCAAGAGGUGGACUUGCUAGGGUCUUUGGCAAGCGACAACUGUCACGUCGCACGCAUCAUCACCGCAGUAGUCUGCAAUCUGACGCGGCAAUUCUUGCUUCGGAUAGCGACUCAAAAACCGCUCAACUUAUGGGAGGGCGAUCGAGGAGUUUGUCCGCCAGCUCUGCGAUCCUUCUGAACAACCAUCGUGUUAGCAGUGGUUUCGACCAACUCAGCCAAGGUGGUGAUUACAGCACUCUUGGCGGCGUUAGCCCUGGGCCUGGUACGCCCGGCGGUAUGCAGAACCCUUACUCGUACUUGGCAAGUGGUAAUGCCACCGCUGGUCCGUCGCAACGUAGGUCUACGGUAGGCACAUCGAACACGAAGAACCUCGAAACGAACGACCCGUACUAUCGUCCGCCCAGAACGAAGCGACAGACGAUGGAUCCAUAUUCACCAGAGAGUCAGCAGGAUAGAGGAUCUUGGAACAGCGGAGAGCUAGCAGACCGACCGCAGGACAUCUACCAAGACCAGUCUGAUGCCAGGGAUCCAGGCGAGGUACCAGCUUUCUCACCCAGUCGUGGUUCUAUCACCCCGGCAUAUUUGCGGGAACACCACCGAGGUGAUUCUGACCCGAAUCUGACCGAGCGAAGAGGGAAUACAGACUACACGGUCCGGGAAUCGGACUUCUAUUACGGUGUCACCCGCGGGCCUGCGCUGUCGAGCGUGCCUGCUCGCCGGUUGAAGACCGGCCCAGCGGAUCCAAUGGGCCCGGUGUCUUCAGCAUCAGGGUGGAUCAAAGGUCUGUUUGGCGGUAAAAGGAAAGACAAGGGCAAGGGCUUCGAGGUGGUGCGCAGUCAACGCGCACCGCAGUUGAUGGCAGAAGAAGACGAAACCUCGCCACCGAUCCAGCACGAGCCCUACAAGGACAGUCCUGACCCCGAGAAUACCGCUACAGGUCGCGGUUCCGACGACGCAGGGAGUGCAGCACUGGGCAGGUCACGGACAAGAGAGUCAACGAGAUCUUCCGUCCACUCGUCCGAGUAUUCUCUGACCGACGACGACGGCAAUCCCUUCGAAGCCCGCGCCGUCAUCCACCGGGUUGCGGAAGCGCCACCUACGCUUGCGCCUAUAGAGACGACCGGCGGCAUUGAACUCUCCUCCCGUCCCGGCUCCCAAGCCAGCGCCCGGAUCCCGACCAAGCCCAGUGCAACGCGCCGUGCACCCACCAUACCUCGCAAAAGCUCUCGUCGCACCCACUCUCAGGAGAAAGCCGCACUCGCCGACGCACACCGCAUGCCACGUGUUCCUGGCUCUCCAGCUCACUCUCCAGAGCGACAGCCGCAGGCCAACAGACUCCACCCCGACAGCUCGGCCGGCGGCUCCAUCCGGCUGCCCUUCGGCUCCAGCGAGCCGAGUCCGGGCUCGGAGAAGACGACGCCGACCAACCACUCUGCGGCCUCGAGCUUGUAUCCAAACACCGAGACGUCGGCGGAGGAUGUCAGCCGGGGAGGAGUCGCGCAUUUUGAGCGGCCGCGUGUGCCGGGACAGACGGAGAGGCCGCCGAGUACGGGAUAUGUGCAUCAGCAUGUUGCGGGUGAGAGCGUCAGGCCAGGGAUGUAUAGGCUGGGCGAUCACAUGGGAAGUUCGGCGGAGAUUGUGGGGGUAUCUGGGUCGCAGGGGUGGAGCAGGGGCGGGGAUGGGGGAAGGGAACGGCGAGAGGAUCGCAGUCCUCGGUGA